GGAGGAUUUAUCCAAUGAGAGCAGCCGGUGUGACAGGGCGAGUAUAGUACAGUAUACCGUACAGUAUUCUGCGGGAAAUUAUUCACAAGUAAACAACCGGCCCUUGUUGUUGAGGAGCUCGCUGACAGCAACAGCAUAACAGCGUCACUUCAGGGAGGAGCUACAAAUCCAGCGCUCCCGUGCGUGCACGGCCGCGAGGGGAGUACGCAGACGCGGAGGCGCGCGCGCUGGUUGUGGAGGAGGCUCUCGAGCGCCCGAGUGGCACGCGCGGCGACAUGGCCAAGGACCAGGAAGUGGAGCGCAUCGCCAAGAAGCUGGACAGGAUGGUGCAGAAGAAGAGCACGGAUGGAGCUAUAGAUUUGCUGAAGGAAUUGAAAAACAUGAAAAUGUCUUUGGAGACCCUACAGUCCACAAGGAUUGGUAUGUCGGUGAAUUCAGUGAGAAAGCAAAGUUCUGAUGAAGAGGUGCAGACGUUGGCCAAGUCUCUCAUCAAGUCAUGGAAGAAACUGCUAGAUGGUUCGGAAAGCAAACAGGAGGACAAGAAGAAAGACGGUUCUGCUCUGUCAUCCACCUGCAAAGGAAGCCCGGGAUCAGGUGACCAGAGUUCAAGCAAAAAACAAGAAACCCCAAAGACUCCUACCACCCCAACAACGCCCACCACUCCAAAGAUCACCUCCUUCCCCCCAGCACCAAUAACAACUGACAGCGUUCGCACCAAGUGCAGGGAGCUCCUGGUUGCAGCUUUGCAGACGGGUGAUGAUUACAAAACCAUUGGAUCAGACUGUGAACAUUUGGCUGCACAGAUUGAAGAAUGCAUCUAUCAGGAGUUCAAGUCCACAGAUAUGAAGUACAAAAGCAGGCUGCGGAGCCGAAUCUCUAAUCUAAAGGACCAGAAGAACCCGGACCUGCGGCGGAGUGUUCUCUGUGGGAACAUUCCUCCAGAGCGCAUCGCCACCAUGACUGCAGAGGAAAUGGCGAGUGCAGAGCUGAAGGAGAUGAGGAAGGCUUUGACCAAGGAAUCCAUCCGCGAACACCAGCUCUCUAAAGUGGGUGGCACAGAGACCGACAUGUUUGUCUGCGGGAAGUGUAAGGGGAAGAACUGCACAUACACCCAGGUGCAGACACGCAGUGCGGAUGAGCCCAUGACCACCUUUGUGCUCUGCAAUGAAUGUGGCAACAGAUGGAAGUUCUGUUAAGGAAUGGAAUCGUUUCAAGAUUUGUUCCAAGAAGAAAAGACAUGGAUAACAUUCAACUCAGUUGAUUUGUUAUAAAUGUUUUUUGUACAAAAAAAUACUAUAUAUAAUGUUUAGAAUAAUAUUGCAUCUAAUGAGUGUUAGAUGUAUCUUUUUGCUUUCUACUAAGCACAUUACAUCUUACACUGUUUUGGUUGAUGUAAUUAUUGCACCUUUUGGUGAGGUAAGCUUAAUUUGCCUUCUGAAACAAGGUGUGCCUUUUGUACUAUUAGAUGGAUGUUCUUGGUUUUUCUUGAUGUGUUUACUAAAGUGUGUGUGUGUGUGUGUGUGUGUGUGUGUGUGUGUGUGUGUGUGUGUGUGAGUGAGUGUGCUUGGAUGCCUUCUGCCAAUCAUAAAUGACUACAUUACGUUCACAUGUCCAGUUUUUGGAGAUAUUGUAAAUUGCUAAAAAUGAGUGACUUGCUGUUUUUAGAUGCAGCUUUACAUGUACAAAAUUGCCUGUUUAAGGUACAGAUUUCUGCCCCACCACCCUGCUUGACUGUAAAAAUAGGGGUACAAUAUUCUUACAUAGUUUUAUUUUGCUUUUUUAAUUUGUAUGCAAAUACUCUUUCAUUAAACCAUUGAAGGUGGCAUUUUUUGAGCAAUGUAAGAAACUGAAUAAAGUACACUUAGCACCUAUGGCUUCCCCAGCCCAUAAUUUGGUUGGCAUAAAUAGGGACAUGACAAAAGUGAAAUUUAGAUUUUAUCAGUCUGCGGAGUGAGAGAUGCUGACGUCUGAAUACAGAGAAGCUGUAAUUCCUCUUUGCUGCCACUAGAUGGAGGCUGUGAGGAAUGUACGUUACUCAAUCACUGCACCUUUUGUUGUGCUCAGCAAAUUUUUUUUUUUUUUUAGGUAAUGAAUAAAUUUGCACAAAUAAAGAAAAAUGGCUAGUACAAAAAUUA